UUCCUUAGAGAGAAGAAUUUCAAACAAACUAUUCCACAAGUGAAGGUUGAAGAUGGUGAGGAAAUUACUUAUGAAAUAGCCACAUCCACGCUGAGGAGGGCUGUCCACUUCUUUGCAGCCUUACAAGCCAGUGACGGUCAUUGGCCAGCCGAAAAUGCUGGCCCCUUGUUCUUCCUACCACCAUUGGAAAUCACUGGAGUUUUCAUGAAAAAUUGCAUGUUACACUAUGCGGCGUACAGGAAUAUAUAUCCAUUGUGGGCUUUAGCUGAGUAUCGCAGGCGGCCAAAAGGCCGAAAAAGGUAUUCCGGUGCCAAAACCCGUGCUUUGUGUAUGCUCCUUAUUCAUGUUUUCUCUUCCGAUCCCAUUACGAUUCCUAUCAAUUACAUGAAGCUUGGAGCAGGUCAUAGGACUGACCGAAAGUUGUUAAAACUAGAUAGAUCUUAUGCAUCAUUCAGGUCCAGGAACAGAUCCUAUAAUUGGCUGACUGAGACUUCUGAUAAGUGGGAUGAACCAUCAUCUUCUUCCUAG